AUCUUAACUGUGAUAAUGUGCGCGUGGAUUUUUAUCAUUGAUGGUCCUGGUCGUGACUUGUAUUUUGACAACCUUACCGAAGGAAAAGGACUUUUACUGCAGAAAUCCAUUCAUGUCUUUGCUGCUGUUCGAGAAACGACUACAAGCACUGCAGGCACUCACAGCUUUCCUCGCCACUUUUAUAUAUUUGCCCCGAAGAUGUCUCACACAAUCCUAUUGGUUCAGCCCACAAAAAGGCCAGAGGGAAGAACCUAUGCAGAUUAUGAGUCUGUCAAUGAAUGCAUGGAGGGGGUGUGUAAAAUGUAUGAAGAGCAUCUGAAAAGAAUGAAUCCCAACAGUCCCUCCAUCACCUAUGAUAUCAGUCAGCUGUUUGAUUUCAUUGACGACCUGGCUGAUCUCAGUUGUCUGGUGUAUCGUGCAGAUACACAGACAUACCAGCCCUACAACAAAGACUGGAUCAAAGAGAAAAUCUAUGUCUUGCUAAGACGCCAGGCUCAACAGGCGGGGAAAUAGAGGAUGAAGGGACGUUUCACAUGGACUCCACCAAUUCUUCUGUUGUUUGUUAACUUGAGAACUACACUGCAUCAUUGGCCAAUGUUAACUAAUAACAGAUGGGUUUCCCAAAAGUAUCGCAGGCCUAAGAUCUUUUUAUCUGUUACAAAGUGUUGAAGUUGAAACUUGCUACGACCUCUUGCAUGGAUCUUUCCUACGAUGCUGUUGGGAAACUGGGUCCUCAGUGUUCUUAUUGAUAUUACGUUGAUAAUGUUUGUGUGCUCAGUCAGCCAAGAAAGAUUUAACAUCAAGGUACCUUUAUGAGGCCCUUGAUUAUUAGAGGUUUGUGGUGGGACUUACUGGACAGGAGGGUAAAAUUAGAAGGAUUUGUUUUAAUAUAUUUUGUAUCAUUAUUCCCCCUUUUUUAAACGUCAUGAUUUUUCUAGAGAUGUUAUGCACCCUCCUUUUCCGUGACUCUCCAGUAGUUUACACUGAAUUCUGGAUUCUGCUCAUCUGUUCUAAAGCUGCCAAUACACUAGCUUAAUAAACUCUUUCAUUUACAAUUUGAGCUUUUUUUUCCUUUGCUCAGGAAAUUGCUGCAUUUGGUACACAAUAUUUCUCCCAGGUUGUGGUUGCAAGGGAACGCAACACACUGAGCCACUAAGAACUGACUGACUGACCGCAAAGCAUUUCAUCAUGUCGGACCUCCUUCCUUGGCUACCUUUGUAUCCAUAAGAACAGCCUCAAGUGUGACGUUCUGUAGAUUUACCUUUUUCCCAGUUUAUAUCAGAUUUAAUUCAUGUUACUGAAAUGUUUGCUUUGUGCUAAAUGAAAACUUAUGUUUGAAAGGUUUGUAAGUUUGUUGUGGUCCUAUGACUAUUUUUUUUCCCUUUUUUUGAUAAUUUCUUGGGUAAACUUUCUCUUACAUCAAAAUAUGUUAAUGCCUGCUGUUUCUAAAUGGCUCCGUAAUAUUUUUUGUCAUUUACUACAAUAAACAAGUUGAUUGAAAUGAACAGUAA